GGAGUCACGUGACCCGGCGGCUGCUGCUCUCAGAAGGGCACCGACAUGAAGUCCGUGAAGUAGGACAACAGAACCGUCAGGAGACCCCGCGCGGCCGUCGGUGCCGCUGCCCCGAAACAACAGUCGGUCAAAGAUGGCGUCAAAGAGCGCGGCCGCGUUCAGGUACACGGCGCUGAAUGUGCGGAAGUGCAGCUCCAACCUGGCAACCCAGCAUCACCAAAAACCAAAGAGGUCUCCCUCCAGACCAGCGGCCAGUGAAACCCACGACUGGGUCGGUCCACCGAACCGGCUCUCCAACAUGCGGCCGGUGGUCUACCGAGUCCCCCAGAAGGAGUCCGAGCUGGAGGGGCGCCUGAGACGCCUGAGGCAGGACACCGAGGACUGGAACCACGACUUCUGGACCCGGCAGAACAUCAGCUUCAGCCAGGAAAAGGAAAUGUUCAUCUCUUCUCAACUGAGCGUAAAAGGCUUGACGGAGCGCAACGAGAACGGGCGCCGGCGGACCCUGAACAGUGAAGAAAUGUCGGUGUUUUACAAAAGCUUUCUGGACACGAACCGGACGCGACAUGCAGAUUAUAACAAGGAAUGGUACCGACGUAACUUCACCAUCACCUUGCUCAUGGCCCGAGUUGCCCUGAAGAACACGUGGAGGACUUUCACUGAAAGAUGCAACCGCAAGAAACACGUUCCUCCUGCCAGCUGAUGACAAAUAAAACAUUUACCUUUAUCUCUGUU